GUCUGCGCGCCAAUAAAUUCAUUUUUAGAAGAAAUAUCUUUAAUUUAUCAUCCACGCAUCAACAAUUGGCGACCGUAAUGUAACAAUACGAACCUGUAAACUACAAACAAAAGGAGACGACCAACAAUAAUCAAGAAAUACGCAAUUGCAACUUGGCGGCUACUCGACGAUCCAGCAUCGUGUUACAAUCAUCUGGUCAGAGCAGCUCAAGCCGGGAAGGUGAUCGUAUUUCUGGAAUUGGAGGACAUCUGCGCUGAAGUCAGCACCGAUCAGCAUUCGCAUCCGUGCCGGCCUAUUCAGAUAAGUGCCCUACUUUUCCUACACAUAACCCCUUUUGUUUCAUCAAUAUCUCAUUCCUAAAUACUCAUUCCUACAAAAUAUCAUUUAAAUCGUUUCUUACCUAAAGGCUACUAUUAAAAUACACUGCGAUUAGAGUGAAAUAAUACCUUAAUUAGUGAAAUAAAACAGUUUUAAAUCAAAGUACCUACGUCAUCAUCGUAACUAUUGCAUCAUAUUUUAUUGUUGUUUUUUUUUUCGCGCCGGAGGCUCUUUAUAGAUAUUUAGUGUUUUAAACAAUUAGAUAUUAUAAGAUUAAACUCGAAAUACAUAUUUAUCGCUACCUAACUAGUAAAAAUAUGCAAUAAUUUGUUUGUUAGUUUAUCAUUGUAGUUUUAACAUUUAUACCUACCGUAACUAGUCAAGAUUAGUACCUAUCAAAACUCCUUUGCUUAUUGUACUGAAAUAAGUACUCAAGGUCAGUGUGCCGACGAUUUCAGCUUGGCUGGGUACCUAUACCUACUCACGACGCGACGUGGCGUGGCGUCCGCGAGCUACGCAGCGCGUUCCACGGAGCUGAGCUGCGCUUGCCGGUUCACAGGUGACACCAAAGAGACUAUACAAGGAGCGUGAGAAUUUUUUUAUUAUUUUAGUUAUUAGUUUUGGAAUCAUUCGAGUAACAAAUAUUAUACAAAAUGACUAACGUUAACGACAACAAAGGUGAUUUAAAGAGCCUAUUAACAAAAAGAACAUCAAUUAAGGGCCGUAUCACAAAAUUUAAAAAUUAUGUCGAUAAUAUUUCUAAAAAAGAAGUUUUAACGGCAAUUCAAAUAUCCGAAUUAACAAUUAAAUUAGAGAAAUUUCGUUUACUUUCGGUUCAAUACGAGCAGUUGCAAGAUUCAAUCGAUGUUUUAAAUUCAGAAAAUAUAGCUUUUGAAAUCAACGAACGAGAUGCCAUUGAGCAGGACUGUGCGACAUGUAUGGCUAUAGCUCAAACUAUUAUUAACGAAUCAAAUAGUCAUAAAGACAGUCACGAUCAUAGCAACUCGUCCUUGUCUCAGUGCCAUCGCGAACACUAUGAAGCUGAGUUUAAGUUACCGCAAUUGCAAAUUAAUAAAUUCGAUGGUGCCUAUUUUCGGUGGCUUGAAUUCCGCGACACAUUUUUAUCGCUUAUACACAACAACGAGCGCAUCAAGCCUAUUCAUAAAUUUCAUUAUUUGGUAUCGUACUUAGAAGGUGACGCCGCUCGUGUCAUCGCAAAUCUUGAGGUUUCUGCUUCUAACUAUAAUGACGCGUGGCGCUUAUUGUGCGAUAGGUACGAUAACAAGCGACAACUUAUUAAUCAUCAUUUAAAUGCUCUUUUUAAAAUCGAAACUAUGACACGCGAGACUGAUCGUUCAUUACGCUUUGUGGUGGACACAGUUACUAAGAACUUACGUGCAUUGUCCAGUUUGGGUCAAGCUACUGAACAUUGGGACUUAAUGAUAAUUCAUAUGAUUUGCUCAAAAUUAGAUCCACGUACACUUACUAAGUGGGAAGAGAUGCGUAAUUCUUUGGAUGAUAUACCCACACUUACACAAUUUAAUAAAUUUUUAACCGAUCGCGCAGACAUUUUAGAGACACUUAAUCGCAAUAGAUUGGAGAGGUCUAAGACAUCAUUCACCUCUUCACGCCCUGCUACAGGUCAGAAUUCUAGCACUAGUAUUCAAACAAAAUCUUUUACUUCACUAACUCCAAAUAACAAUAUUAAAGGUUGCGUUAUAUGCAAAGGUGACCAUAGAAUAUAUGAUUGCGCUAAUUUCAAGGCCAAGAGUAUAGAAGAAAGAAAGGCUGACGUACAGCGACUAAAGCUGUGCAUAAAUUGCCUCAGAUUAGGCCAUAAUCAGCGUAGCUGCAGGCUUGGUCCUUGCCGAAAGUGCAAGAAAUUCCAUAAUAGUUUUUUGUGUGAUCAAACAGCACCGUCUAAUUACAACAGCAAUGAUUCUACAGACACUACCGAAACAAUAGUCAAUUUUUCUAGACAACCAGUCAAUCAAGUCAUAUUGUCUACAGCCAUAGUCGAAGUUACCAAUCCUAAAGUUAACAAAUCAUUAAAGGUCCGCGCUUUACUAGAUUGCGGAAGUCAAUCAUCUUUUUUAACCAAUCGUUUGAAAGACAUUCUAGGUCUCGAGUCACAGCCUAUUAAUAAAAUUAACGUUGUAGGUAUUGGCAACAACUCUUCAAACUUCAUCACUGAGAGUUGCAUUGCACAUAUUAGUUCAAUACACCAAGAUUAUAACGUUGCUUUGACUUGCUAUAUACUCAAAGAGUUGACGGGUUCGAUUCCUGCUGCUCCUAUGAAUUUACAAGGUUUUAAAAUUCCAAAUAAUUUGAAACUUGCAGAUCCUAAUUUCGACAUUCCUUCAUCCAUCGAUGUCCUCAUUGGUGCAGACCUCUUCUGGGAUGUCCUAGGUAAUGAUACACUUACCUUAGGUCCAAGAUUUCCAAAAUUAAGAAACACAAAAUUUGGCUGGAUAAUUGCCGGUCCAAUUUGUACAAAUGUCAAUAUGUCCAACAAAAUUCAAUGCAAUAAAUCAAUACUAAAACAAAAUGAAGAAACAGAAAGUGUACAUGAACUAUUACCAAAAUUCUGGAACAUUGAAGAGAUUCCAAACAAAACAUGCCUUACUAAUACAGAAAAGACCUGUGAACAACAUUUUGUAUCCAAUACCACUCGAUUGUCAAGUGGAAGGUUUUGUGUUCAACUUCCACUCAUUGAUACACCAGAUUGUUUAGGUGAUUCCUAUGCCAUGGCUAAGCAGCGAUUUCUAAAUUUAGAAAAGCGUUUUAGGAGAAAUCCGCAGAUCAAAGAACAAUACGUCGAAUUUAUUCGCGAAUAUGCUGCACUUGGUCAUUUAGAAGUUCUUCCUAUAGCUAAACCACCUGAACUAUCCUAUUUUUUGUGUCAUCAUGCUGUAUUCAAAGAGACAAGCGAGUCGACGAAAAUUAGAGUCGUCUAUGACGGAUCAGCCCCUACCCCUUCAGGCUACUCGCUCAAUGAUAUUCUGAUGGUGGGGCCAAAUAUCCAGGAUUCACUCUUUGCUAUUUUAAUUCGAGCCAGACAAUAUAAAUUUUUACUAACAGCUGACAUCGAAAAAAUGUAUCGGCAAAUUGCAUUACAUGACGAUAAUCAAAAUCUCCAAUUAAUUUUAUGGCGAGAGCAUGAAACGGAACCAAUUAAAAUAUUGCGUCUAAAAACCGUAACGUACGGUCUAGCGAGUUCAAGCUUCUUAAGCACACGUUGUCUUUGGCAAUUAGGACACGAGUGUACCGACAAAUCAAUCGAAACAAUAAUUAAAAAUGAUUUCUAUGUCGAUGAUCUCAUUACCGGAGCUAACACCGAGGAUGAACUGAUACAUAUUCAAAAUUCGGUAUCUAAUACUCUUAAGUCUGGAUGCUUCAACCUUCGGAAAUAUCGAUCCAAUUCCAAAUCAAUUUUGAAUGCCAUAAAUCCAGAAGAAAAAUUAAGUAUUAGUUCCUCCACUUCCACUUUAGGACUUGGGUGGACUCCGGGGAAUGACAAACUUCAGAUAUCAUUCCAGAUCCCUGACGAAUCAUCAAAGGUAACCAAACGUUUAAUCUUGUCCUUUACAUUCAAAAUCUUUGAUCCAUUGGGUUUGAUAAGUCCAUGUGUCAUUUUACCUAAAAUGCUCUUGCAGUCUUUGUGGCUUCAAAAAAUUGAUUGGGAUGAUCCCGUACCCAGAGACAUACAACAUGCUUGGGAUGAAUUUUCCAAUACAUUGCCAAGUCUUGCAAAUUUCGAAGUUCCUCGAAACGUACUUUGUGACAAUCCCACAACAAUAGAACUUCAUUCAUUCAGCGAUGCUUCACAAGGUGCGUACGGGGCUUGCAUUUACAUACGAUCCAUCAACAAUGAAGGUAUCAGCGUAAAAUUAUUAUGCUCUAAAUCUAAAGUAUCUCCAAUGAAACCAACUACAAUACCUCGUUUAGAGCUCUGUGGAGCUCUCCUGGCGGCUAAAUUAUCCAAAACCGUCGUCGAAUCUCUUCGAUGCUCGGUUUCGCGUCAGGUGCACUGGUGUGACUCUACAGUGGUUCUUGGAUGGCUUAAUACUAACUGUCGAAAAUUGAAAACAUUCGUGGCGAAUAGGGUCGUGGAGAUAUCCGAAACAACAGAUAUAUCUUCAUGGCGCUACGUGCCCACUGCACUUAAUCCUGCAGACUAUAUUUCUAGGGGCAUUACUCCUAUGGAUAUAGUAUCUAGGCAGAUGUGGUGGCAUGGUCCCGAGUUCUUGCAAAAACCAGAAUCAGAAUGGCCUGUUCUUCCAUCACAACGCAUUGAGGAGAACCUACCAGAAACUAAAAGCCUUUCAGCUGCGGUAGUAGGCAUUCCAGAUUCUAUUAUAGAAUUUGAACGUUACUCAAAAUUAUCAAAAUUACAAAGAACUUUUGCAUACAUAAAACGGUUUAUUCAUAAUCUACGACACAAAACAAACAAACUCACAGGCAGUUUAUCCUUAGAAGAAUUAAAUGAUGCAUUUUCAAAUCUUUGUGCCAUAGCUCAAGAACAAUCUUUUCCAAAGGAAUUUAAAUUAUUAGCAAGUGGAAAGCCAAUUAGCAAUAAUUCUAAUAUUAUAUCAUUGACACCUUUCUUUGAUAAGGAUGCAAAAUUAAUACGAGUUGGUGGCAGAAUUGACAAUUCUAACUAUGAUUUCAACAAAAAACAUCCUAUUUUGCUACACUCAAGUCAUCAUCUUACUAAAUUAAUUUUCGAACAAUACCACCUUCGUCAUAUGCAUGCUGGACCACAGCUAUUGCUUGCAUCAAUCCGUGAAUCAUUAUGGCCAGUUAACGGCAGACGCCUUGCUAGAAACACAUUUCACAACUGCGUAACAUGCAAGCGCCAUCAAGGGAAGGCAAUCUAUCCCAUAAUGGGUAACUUACCCAUCCAAAGAAUUACACCUGACUUUCCAUUCAAAACUGUGGGAAUAGACUUUGCUGGUCCAUUCUAUAUCUCUAAUAAGAAGGGUCGUGGGUCCAGAGUCAUCAAAGCAUAUUUGUGUUUAUUCGUAUGCCUAAGAUUCAAAUGUUUACAUUUAGAAGCUGUCAGUGACCUAACCAAAGAAGGUUUUUUACAAGCGCUACGCCGAUUUUCGUCUAGACGUGGAAAACCUGCGGAAAUAUUUUGCGAUAACGCGGGAAAUUUUGUCGCGGCAGCCAAGGAAAUAGGCAACUUUUUAAAGGCCAAUAAACAAACUAUCAUUGACUCUGCAACUGAAGAACAAAUUAAAUUCGUAUUCUCACCCACGUAUAGUCCCCACUUUGGUGGCAUUUUUGAGGCUGGCGUCAAAUCCGCUAAAUACCACAUCCGUCGCGUCAUGGGUAACACCCAUCUAAAUUUUGAAGAAUUAGGAACAUUAUUCACUCAAGUCGAGGCUAUUUUAAAUAGUAGACCUUUAUGCCCCCUGACAUCAAAUCCUACCGACUACCUCUCCUUAACUCCGGGGCACUUUCUGAUAGGGCGGCCACUUACUUCGUUGCCAUCACCUCCGCUACAAGAUUACAAUCCAAAUCGCCUUCGACGCUAUGAAAGACUCGAACAAAUUCGCCAGCACUUUUGGCAGCGAUGGCAAAAAGAAUACAUCUCAGAACUUCAGCAGCGAUCAAAAUGGAGAACGAAGUCAGCAAAACUAAAAGAAGGAGAUCUAGUACUUCUAAUAGAGGACAACUUACCUCCACUAUGCUGGAAGCUAGGAAGAGUUUCCCGAUUAUUUCCCGGAUCAGAUGGAGUAUCACGCGUCGCUGAAGUAACUACAUCCAAAGGCACCUUCAGAAGACCAUACGUAAAACUUUGUCCACUACUUACCUGUGAUGAUCCAGAAAGUUGAAAGCUGCACUUUCCACGGAGGGGAGGAUGUUGAAGCGCCUACAGCUUAUUCUCGGCAAAUGCACUUUGUUGCGAAUAGUUUUAUUAAUGUUGACAAAGACCAUAAAUAAUUGUUUAUCCUAAUGUAUUUUUGUAUUGUAUAUAUUUUGAAUUUAAAUUAAUUAACUACAUAACUAAUAUAUAUUUCAUGUAUUAAAUUCAAAUCUUACUUAUCUAAAAUCAUAAAUUUGUUAUCUGUUUGCAAUGUCAGUUCAUACAACAUAUUUUAUUUAACA